AUGGCGCCGACCAAACAGCGUGUGGGCGCCCUCGAUGUGCGCGCCGUGGUGGCGUCUGUGAGGCCGUUGAUUUUAGGCCUGCGCGUCGCGAACGUUUACGACUUCUCGACUGGAGGGGGCGCUCGCGGAGCCGGAAGCAGCAGCUACAUUUUGAAGUUCGCGGGCCGCGACUCGAAAGUCUUUCUGUUCAUUCACGCGGGCUUCCGCAUGUAUACCACAGAGUGGAAGAAGGACAAGGGCGCCCUGCCUUCGCCGUUCUGCAUGCGCCUCCGCAAGGCACUGCGAACCAAGAAGUUGGAGGAUAUCCAGCAACACGGCGCGGACCGCGUAGUCACGCUGACUUUCGGCAGGGGGGAAAGCACACUUCAUCUCGUUGUCGAGCUGUAUGUCGCAGGCAACAUCAUUCUCACGGACCACGAAAACCUCAUUCUCGCGGUGCUGAGGAGCCACACGCUCACCCCGUCUGCGGCUCCUGCAGCUGCGGCCACAGAGAGGUCGGGGACUAAGGGAGAGGGAAAGGGAGGUGAGCGCGAGCAGGAGACGCAGCCCCACCGGAUCGCCGUGAGAGAGUACUACCGAGUCGUUCCCCCGGAGAUGUCUCUCUUGCGUGACGGGCUCCGCCCCGUCGAUCUGACUGUCGAGACUGUCAAGAGACAGCUGCAGGCCGUGUUGGAGGAGAUCGCGGCGCAGGAGAAAAGGAGCGAAAAACCUCAAAAGGCCGCGCACAUCACUUGGGCGCAGGCUGUGGGCCGCCUGGCGCCCUUUGUCAACCCCGCGCUCGCUCUCCAUGGCCUUCUCGUCGCGACAGAAGGGGACGAAGGCGCCAAAAAGCGCGCGCUCACGCUGGAAGGAGUCGAACAAGCCGCUCCUGUGCUCCAUCGAGCCGUCAUCGAGUGCCUCCGGACACUUCGCUCUGUGAGCUCGUCUGAAGACUUCCUUGGCGUCGGUUCGCUCCCCGUCGAGGUGUCUAGCCAGGCGCUGGCGACGCUGCCCGUAGAGGGGUACAUCCUCGCUACGCGUCGGGCGCCCUCGAAGGCAGCGGGGGACGACAAAGCCGCUCCCUCCUCGGCGCUGCUCUACGACUACGAUGACUUCGCGCCCGCCAUCCUGCGGCAGUUCAGCGGCUUGCCAAUCCUCCCCUCUCUGCAGGACAUUCAGCGCGAGCGCGAACAACGCGCGCAGGCCGCCGUGCACCGCCAGGAGGCGGAGGCGCAGGCGCUUGAGACCUCGAAGCGCCCAGAAAAAACCCAGGAAGAAGAGGAGAGAGAGAGCAGGAGGGAGGACGAGGAGGAACCGGAAGCGAGCGAGAAGCGCGCGGAAGAUGUUGCGGGUUUGGCCGCCGCGAUCGCCGCCGCGCAUGGCGACGUGGCCCCCGGCGCGCGAGUGCUGCUGCAUUUUCGGGACGUGAACGCAUGCGUGGAUGAGUACUUCAGCAGCGUGGACGUGCAGAAGGGCGAGCGGGCGGAGGCGGCCGCGCGGCAGGAGGCGCUCAGCCGCGUCGAGAAGAUCAAGAGCGACCAGGAGCAGCGCAUCCAGCAGCUUGAAGAAGAGGCCGCACACCUGCUGCAACAGGCGUCGGCCGUGGAGGACAACGUGCUGCUUGUGGAGCAAAUCAUUCAGCUCCUACGCGCCGCGCUCGCGACGGGCGUCGACUGGGAGGAGCUCGCCAGACAGAUGAAGCAGCAGGCGAAGGAGGGUCACCCGCUCGCGGUCCACGUCCAUGAUCUGAAGCUGGAGAAGCAACGCGCCCUCCUGCUGCUCGAGGCCCGGCCGUUCCCCGUCGACGCCGGAGCCGAGGAAGCGCCGGGCGACGGCGCAGAGGCGGAGAAGCCGGGGGCGGCGGCUUCGGGUCACUACGACGAGACCCUGGAGACGGUAGUGGUUCCGGUGGACAUUACGCUGUCGGCGCACGGGAACGCGCAGCUGCUGCACUCGCAGGUGAAGCAGAUCAGGGCGAAGAUCCACAAGACGGCAGUCGCGACGGAGAGCGCGCUGGCGGCGGCGGAUCGCAAGGCACAGCACGCGAUCGCGCUGCAGGACCUACAGGUCCUGCAGGCGCAGCAGCAGCUGCAGAAAGUGCGGAAGCCGUUCUGGUUCGAAAAGUUUCACUGGUUUGUCUCCAGCGACCGCUACCUGGUGCUCGCCGGCCGCGAUGCUCAGCAGAACGAAAUCCUUUUCAGGCGCUACCUGCGCCCGCAGGACGUCUAUGUCCACGCCGACGUCCACGGGGCAGCCACUUGCAUCAUCAAAAACCCAAACAAAGACAAAGGCGAAGACAAGGCCGACCCUCUCGAGCCGCCCGUGCCCGUCUCCACGCUGCAGCAGUGCGGAGAAUUCGCCGUCUGCCGAAGCAGCGCCUGGAGCACCAAAAGCCCCGUCGCCGCCUGGUGGGUAUACGGCCGCCAAGUCUCCAAGUCUGCCCCCACUGGGCUCUACCUCAGCACCGGUUCGUUCAUGAUUCGCGGGCGCCGCAACUUUAUUCAGAUUCACCGCCUCGAGAUGGGGUUCGGCCUCCUGUUUCGGCUGGCGGAUGAAGCCUCCGUGGCGCGCCACGUGGCGCUUCGCAAGCGCUUCCUGCAGGAGGCGCAGGAAGACGCGCAGACUGCCUCCUCGCCGGCGCCGGCGACGCCGGCUGGGGUGGAGGUCGCUGCGGCGGGCGAAGACGAGGCGGGCAAGAAGAAGAAGUGCGCGUUCGCCGCUGAGACGGAGGAGGGGGGGACUGCCGAGAGGCGGCUCACGCGUAUCGGCUUCCUCGAGCCAGCAGAGCGCGCCGACACGAUACUGGGCGGCGGCGGAGGCGAAGAAGAGGGGCGCCUCGUGCUGCCUAGAAGAAAGGCGCGCAAACCUACGGGGUUCCUACGAAACGGAGACAUCCAGCAGCGAGCGGGCCUGGAGGCGCUGAGGGAAGUGAUUGAUUCACGUCGCGCGUCAGACAUCGAAGGGUCGACUGCAGGCUUGCCGCGAAAGAGCAAGGAGGAGUUGCUUGCGCAGCUGGAGCAGCAAGAGGAGCGCCAACGCCACCUGGAGGAGCAACUGAAUCAAGUCAAACAGCAGCUCGAGGAGCAGCUGCGCGAGGCGUCGCGAAGUCCCUCGCUGGGCGCCCACGAGGGCAGCGCAUUCCGACGUCGCGGCCGGGACUCGCGCGGCAGCGUGGAGUUUUCGCGGGCGACGAUCGAGGAGGACGAAGCGAACGCGAGCCGAGACACGCCCGCCGGGCGGCGCAUUCGCAAGCGCCACCCCACGGGGCACCUCAGCGCGAAGGCCAUCGCAGAGCUGCGAGGCGAAGCAGCUGCAGCCGAGAUUGAAGAGAUGAAGCAGGCGACUCUGGAGGAGCAGGCGCAGCUAGUCGCGGCGGAGAGACAGCGUUUGGCGCGGCGCGUCAGCUCGUCGUCUUCUUCUCUGGCGAGCGCCCCGUGUGCAGAGAGCCUGCGGCCGCUGCAGCAGGAGCUGCUGCAUCGGCAGUACAGCGCAGAGACGCACCAGCUGCUGAUGCUGGAGAAGCUGCGAGAAGUUGCGCUGCAGCACGGGGCGGAGGAGGUCAUGGCGCGCGCGGAGAGCGAGAGCCGCAGCCGGCGGAGCUCCUCGAAGCUCUCCAAGGCCGGCGACGACUGCCACGUCACGUUCUCGCCCGACCCGCCGAAAGUCGUGGAAAAAACGAUAACUGCGCUGCACGUCGAGUUCGAUGGCCUCCCCCCCGAAGUAAUCCCGCGCCACGACGAUCCCGCGGGUCCCCUCCUCGUGCAGAUCGAAGAGGAGAUGCGCGCCGAACUCGAGGAUGACGCAGACCGCGAUACCCCGCCAGCCCUGCGCGUCGACCGCGGCAACGAUGACGACGAGGCGGUUCGGCCUCACACGCCUCUCCGCAGACGCCUGACCGGAUUCGUCCACAACUGGCGAGCGGCUUCAGACGAAGACGACGAGAUACUCGCCACGCUACGAUCCGCCCGCCGCCGAAGCAGCGAGGAUGCCUCUGGAGAAGAGGGCGGACCUCCCUCGCGCCGGUCGUCGCCGGAGUUGUCGCCGGCGGAGCCGCUGGACUCGCGGCCGCCAUCGCUGCUGCUGACGCGUCCGGGCGAGGCGGAGACAGCAGCGGUGAUUGACCUCUGCGCGUCGGGGAUCCGCACGCCUGUCUCGACGGCGGAGGCUGACGCGAAGGGUUCGCCGCGUGCGAAGCGCGGGCCUAAAGACCGCGAGAGCUUUGCCGUCAGCAGCCGCUCGGGUUCGAGCCUCGGCGGCGAAGGAGGCGCACGAACCAAGCGACAGGAGAGCUGGCGCAGGAGUCCCUCGGCCUACAGCGAGCGCUCCAUCGUCUCCACGCAUAGCCUCACCUCGCUCGGAAGCCGCUUCAGCCGACGCGUGAGCGUCGACGAAGGCCCGCCGCCCGACGGCUUCACCGAGGAAACCCUCCCUACGCCGCGCGAGCUCCUCUCCCACAGCAGCGUGGAUCUCCAACAAAGCGGCGUCGACGAUGAAGGCGACUCCGGCGACGAAAGAGAAAUCCACAUCAUCGUGCGGCGGCUGUCGAUAAAACAAGAGAAAGAGCUUGUGCGUUGCCGCAGCGCAGACCACGGUCCGACGCCCAAGGGCUUCAGCUCAGCCGAUGUCCCUUCUGCGAAAGAGCUCCUCACGCUGCAGCAGUACCUCUCAGACAAGCUCGCGUCUCCAGACCAACUUCACUCCGAGGACGACGGGACGACGUCAGCGGGCACGCGGAGGAGCCGACGCGCAGUGAGCGAAGGCAGCGUGCCGCUGUUUGCCGAGGAGCCACGAGCGCGAAGGACGGAGGGAAGAAGCAAAGAGGACGAAGAAGUCUUCCUCGACGCCUGCACCGGCGAGGCAGCUACGGAGACGGAGGAGGACGCCAAGGGGGAGGAGGAAGAAGAGACGUCGCAGUCUGAGGACGAAGAUGACACUUCUGAGGAAGAAGGCACCGACGACGCCGUGAAGGAAGAACCCAGCAAGGGGGAGGAAGAAGAGGAAGAAGAAGAGAGCGGCGAAAAGGAAGAAGAAGAGAGAGAAGAGGAAGAAGAGGCGACUGGAGAAGGCGUCGUGCAGAAGAAGAGAGUGUCCGCAGCUGAAAGGCGACGGAUGAAGAAAAAGCGCGAGCUCGAAGAGGGAGAGGACAAGCAGAAGGACGAGGGAGAGGGAAAGAAAAACAAGCCUAAGGGGCCCCGCAUGCAACCCGUCCCCCGAGGAAAGAGAGGAAAACUCGCCAAAAUGAAGAAAAAGUACCCCGACCAAGACGAAGAAGAAAGGAAAUUCAAAAUGUCACUCAUCGGCGCUGAAGAGAUCAAGACGGGUGGCAAGGAAUCGGCGCCGCCUGCAGGGGGGGUGGAUGCGAGCCCCUCGGCUCCGAAGAAGACUCCCGGGCGGAAAGCCGCCCAGCUGCGCGAAGAGCGACGCGAACUGAAGGAAAUCUUUGACGAGGAAGACCCCGGCGUCGACGAGAAGCUCGCGGAACAAUGCAGCCAAAUCGACCUCCUGACGGCCGCGCCGCUCCCUGAGGACGCGCUGCUCUGCGCCGUGCCCGUGACCGCGCCUUACUCUGCGAUGAGCAAAUACAAGUUCAAGGCGAAGCUCGUCCCGGGCACGAUGAAGAAGGGCAAGGCAGGACAGGCCGUGCUGAAGCACUUCAUGCAGCAAGUCGAAGACAGCCACCAGAAACAACUCAUCAAAGCUGUCACGCUCGCGGAAGUGGCUCUCUGUAUGAUCAGCGACGUGCGCAUCAGCAUCCCGGGCAUGCAGAAGAAGCUGACGACUGCGAAACGUCAGAAGGCCGCGCAGAAAAAAGCAUCUUUCGCGGAUGAGUAG